CAGUUUAAGCGCAACGGCUCAAUGACGAGGAACUAAAAUGAAGGCCAAAGCAGAGAUGUCGGCCUUUCAAAGAAACCUGAGAGCAACAGGUGGUAGACCACUUUCCAAGUCACCUGAGCCUGAGCACAUCAAAUUGAUGGCACUUAUCCCCCAUGAAUUUGAGGUGGAUACAAAUGAUUUUGAUUGCGAUACUGAGAUGAUAAAAGAAAACGUAACUUCUUUUAAGACACUGGUUGUAGACGAUGAAUAUGAAGAUGUUUUUUUUGUGGAGGAUGAAUCGCCAAGGAAACAUGUAUCAUCAACUUAUUCUUCACCAAAAAUACAUGCUCCGUUCACAUCAUCAUCUAUUUAAACAAAAAAUAUAAUUAAGAUUUUUAAUUUUGUUUAAUUUUAUACUUGUGGGUGGAAGAACAUCCUGCAAAUCAAUUGCCAGGUUAUGAAGAACUGCUAAGGCUAUAAUAGUUGUUUUGGCAUUUUCUAAGGAGCACGUCAUACCUGAUAACAAAAUGCGGAAUCUUUGCUUCCAGAAGCCAAAGCAUCUUUCCACCGUGUUACGAGUAGCUAUAUGAGCUAUAUUGUAUCUUAUUUCAGGAUCUGUUCGAGGGUUCAAAACGGGGGUAAAGAGGAUAUUAGUACUAGGGUACCCACAUCCCCAAGCAGACGACCAUUGAACUCCCCAUCAUCAAAUUGUUGUUUGAUUCUGGUUUCCCUAAAAAUUCGUGAGUCAUGAGUGCUGCCUCUCCAGCGGCAAACAAUGUCAUUCAUUUAAAGGGAGGCGUCGCACACUACCUGCGUAUGCAGCGAGUAGUACCCUUUUCUGUUAUAGUACUGCCCUGAUGGGCCACCUACUUUUGGGAUCCUUAUAUGGGUACAGUCAAUGGCCCCAACCACCUUUGGAAACCCCCGUAUUUGAGAGGACUUGUUCAUAGUUUUUAUCUGGUCCGAAAAAGA